UGCGGCGUUUGGCUUGUUUCUGCAGCGCGGGCUUCUCCUCCUAAUCUUUCUGUUUGCUACUCCCGGCGUCGCGGUUUCCGAAUUUUAUUUUCCUUGUUCUUUCUUAGCUUAUUUUAUCCUUGUUCUUCCUUAGCUGCUCAGCAUGCAGAAAAAAGACGCCCCCCGACCUGUUUUCCUGCCUAGCUUUCCGCAUUUCGCCACCGAUGCCAUCCACGCGGGCCAGGAGCCGGAGCAAUGGAAUUCUCGCGCCGUGGUGCCUCCGAUCUCCCUGUCCACCACGUUCAAGCAGGGCGCGCCCGGCCAGCACUCGGGAUUUGAAUAUAGCCGUUCUGGGAAUCCCACCAGGAAUUGCUUGGAAAAAGCAGUGGCAGCACUGGAUGGGGCUAAGUACUGUUUGGCCUUUGCUUCCGGUUUAGCAGCCACUGUGACUAUCGCUCAUCUUUUAAAAGCAGGAGACCACAUUAUUUGUAUGGAUGAUGUAUAUGGAGGUACCAACAGAUACUUCAGGCAGGUGGCAGCUGAUUUUGGAUUGAAGAUUUCUUUUGUUGAUUGUUCCAAAAUCAAAUUGUUAGAGGAAGCAAUUACACCAGAAACCAAGCUUGUUUGGCUUGAAACCCCCACCAACCCCAACUUGAAGAUGAUUGACAUAGAAGCCUGUGCGCAGAUUAUCCAUAAACACGGAGACAUCAUUAUGGUGGUGGAUAACACUUUUAUGUCAGCGUAUUUCCAACGGCCUUUAUCAUUGGGAGCUGAUAUUUGCAUGUAUUCAGCAACAAAAUAUAUGAACGGCCACAGUGAUGUUGUCAUGGGCUUAGUGUCUCUUAAUUCUGAGGCUCUCCAUAAGAGGCUUCGUUUCUUGCAAAACUCUCUUGGGGCCGUUCCAUCUCCUCUGGAUUGUUACCUUUGCAUUCGAGGUCUGAAGACUCUUCAAGUCCGAAUGGAUAAGCACUUUGAAAAUGGAAUGGCAGUCGCUCAAUUUCUGGAGUCUAAUCCUUUGGUAGAAAAAGUUAUUUAUCCUGGACUCCCUUCUCACCCGCAGCAUGAGUUGGCCAAGCGUCAGUGUACAGGCUGCCCAGGCAUGGUUACCUUCUACAUUAAGGGUAAUCUUCAGCAUGCUGAGACUUUCCUCAAGAACUUAAAGCUCUUUACUCUGGCUGAGAGUUUGGGAGGAUACGAAAGUCUUGCUGAGCUUCCGGCAAUCAUGACUCAUGCAUCUGUGCCAACGAGUGACAGGGAGGUCCUCGGGAUCAGUGACACCCUGAUUCGGCUCUCGGUGGGCUUAGAGGAUAAAAAAGACCUAGUGGAGGAUAUCGCUCAUGCUUUGAAGGCAGCACACCCGAGUCGCAACUAGCAUUCCAGAACUGCUGCUAGAAGCUGCUGCUCGAGAAAAAUCAUAUUUUCUGAACAAUCAAUGGAGCAUUAAGGAAUCUUCACAGAAUUUUCAAGUGGAAGUUUUUAACCUCAUUAUCUUUCAGAACUGUAUCUUCCCGGGAUCGUUUCUGUUAGAAAUGGUUUCUUAUUCCUCUUCCUGUAAUUGACAGGUCAAUUCUGUUAGUAUCUGACUUUAUUUCACGGUAUGUUCACCUUUGUUGGAUGUGAGAUUUAUGCUGCUUUGCGGGAGGGGUUGGGGGAAUCAUGUUCUUCUUCUCACAGCUUAUGAUUUAUUUCGAUCAUGUUUACCGUGUAAUGGUAAUUCACUUGUGAUGUUUUCUGAAAAAUGUAAAUUAUUAAAUGACUGUUCUUAAAUUAAGUGUGAUUUAUGCGUAUUGUUGGGAACAGUGAUGGUUUCUACUUCAUUGCCAUAAGGCAAAAAGUCAAAUACUUGAAAAGUCUUCUACUAUAAAUUCUACUGGGUUAAGUUUGUAUUUAAUAUAUUUUUGAAAAAAUAAAUCUAAUUAUUAUAUCUA